GCAUGCUACGGAAGUGUUUCUGUGCGUGCGGCCCUGUAGCUCCCUGUCCCGGGUGUGCGACUUGACAAUUUUGGCUAAAAACAGGUGGAUGACAACAAUUUCCAUUGCAUGCAGUUAGGUAUCACUUUCGCUGAUUGUAGUCAGAGAUGGGAGCGAACAAUAGCAGGCGCCGCGUCUCCUUUGAGUCGGAUGAAAAUGACAACAUCACAGUUGUGAAGGGCAUAAGGCUCUCUGAGAAUGUCAUCAACCGAAUGAGGGAGCCCAUAGCUCCCCUUCUUCCCCCCUCCCUUCCACAGGUCCCACCCCCUGUUGCUGCUCCCUCCUCCCUCAUUCCAGUGCCUCCCCUCAGACCCCCCUUCGAUCUCAUCACCUCGCUUCCACCCAUAGAACCCAUCGCACUACCACUUCAACCUCCUGCACCUGUCACUGAAGUAGUGGCUCCACCUCCACCCCCCAUGGAACAGGUAGCAGCUCCGACCAUCAUUGACAUGGUGAUCCCGCCUCCUACCUUAGCUGCUUUAAAGCCUGUGGCAUCCCCUCCACCACCUGCAUCUGUUGAGCAGCCCCCAGUGGAAGCUUUUGCUCCUCCUCCUGCCCCAGAACCAGUGGAAGUUGUUGGCCCCCCUCUUCCUCCUCCCACCCCAGAGCCAGAACCAGUGGCGGUAGCACCGCCAGCAGCACAUGCAGUUGAUGAAGAGGAGCUGAGGAAGAAGAUCACAGAGGAUCUGCAGAAAGGCCUGUUGAAGGAGAGGGUGAAGGCUGAGCAGGAGCUGCAAGCAUGGCUGGAGGAGGAGAAGGUCCAUGCUGCAUCCUUUGCUGAGGCUGAGGCCCAGGCCAGUGUGAAGGAUGAGGUGGGUCGUAUCCUGGAGCUGGAGAGAGCCACGACCCAUAAUUCCCUGACGCAGGCUGUCAUGAGGGAGAAGGUCAGCGCUGAGGACGAGAGGCUACGCACCCAGCUUUACGCUAAGCAGCUGGAGCUCAGAGACCAGGAACUGAAGAAACAGGAUGCCUUCUACAGGGAACAGGUUGCCAGGCUGGAGGACAGGAGUGCUCAGUUCUACAAGAUGACCACAGAGAACUACCACAAGGCUGCCGACGGAAUCAACGCAAAGUUCAAGCGGUUUGAGGUGAGACCAGUGUGUGCUGAUCUGCAGGGUCACAUCCUGAAGUGCUACCAGGAACACAGUGGGAAGACGCUGCUCUGCUCCACCAUCGCCUCCCGCUACCUGCAGUGUGUCAACCAAGCUAAACAGAACAAGUUGAGGACUGGGGGCUAAGAGUGAGGUGCUGUGGCAUUACGGUUUAUAAACCCCUUAUCGACUGCAAAUGAGUGGAGAGGAGAGGAGGCACCAGAGAUCGCAACCCCGACUCGAGGUAGAAACAGAACGGCAACCUGACCAGAACCAGGAACACAAGACAACCAGACAACCCUGAGAGAGAUGGACACCCCUUAGCCCAACACCCUUCUCCCCCCCCCCACCCCCACUGACCCCCAAACCCUUUACUCCUUCGUAAGAUCCCACCUACAGUACCUACACCCCUUCUCCCCCACCCCACUCAACUGCAUGUCUAUCUCUACUACCAAGAGGGAGGAGGACAACGGUAGCACUUCGUAAAGAGUACAGCGCAGUAGCUCCAUCACGCAGCAGCUCCAUCACGCAGCAGCAGUAGGAGAAGUGCAACUGUCCGCCAUGUUGGAGACGCAUGAAUACAUGCAGAGACGGAGAGUUUAAGCCUCGGCGGAGUCCACCAGAACCAAUGCAGGCCCAGAGCUGAAGAUGUCCUCACGGACUGAACCACUAUCAUUACCAACACGCACCACCCAACCAGCUCACCCCUCUUACAAAGCCACCAGUCCGCCCCAUCACCACCCAACCAGCUCACCCCUCUUACAAAGCCACCAGUCCGCCCCAUCACCACCCAACCAGCUCACCCCUCUUACAAAGCCACCAGUCCGCCCCAUCACCACCCAACCAGCUCACCUCCCUUACAAAGCCACUAGUCCGCCCCAUCACCACCCAACCAGCUCACCCCUCUUACAAAGCCACUAGUCCGCCCCAUCACCACCCAACCAGCUCACCCCUCUUACAAAGCCACUAGUCCGCCCCAUCACCACCCAACCAGCUCACCCCUCUUACAAAGCCACUAGUCCGCCCCAUCACCACCCAACCAGCUCACCCCUCUUACAAAGCCACUAGUCCGCCCCAUCACCACCCAACCAGCUCACCCCUUGUACAAAGCCACUAGUCCGCCCCAUCACCACCCAACCAGCUCACCCCUCUUACAAAGCCACCAGUCCGCCCCAUCACCACCCAACCAGCUCACCUCCCUUACAAAGCCACUAGUCCACCCCAUCACCACCCAACCAGCUCACCCCUCUUACAAAGCCACUAGUCCGCCCCAUCACCACCCAACCAGCUCACCCCUCUUACAAAGCCACCAAUCCGCCCCAUCACCACCCAACCAGCUCACCCCUCUUACAAAGCCACCAGUCCGCCCCAUCACCACCCAACCAGCUCACCCC